CCAUCCGGGUGUUGCUGAGAGGAAAAGCUCACGCAGAAUGGAAAGUGGUUGUCAGUGGUGACAGAAGGACGGUCAAAGAUGAUCACGUUUUCAUUGACGACAGAGCUGUUAUAUGGGGGAAAGAGAAGUUAGAGGGUAAUAUGCCUAUCCUGCCGAGGGGACGCCACUCCUUCCCCUUCCGGUUCCAGCUUCCCGAGAGUGCCCUUCCUUGUAGCUUCGAGUCCCGGUCCUGUACCGUCCGGUACUACGUCAAGGUCACAGUGGAUAUCCCAUACGCUUCUCCACCACAAGGCAUGAAGUACUUCACCGUCAUAGGACCCCAUAUAGAUUGCAUGGAUGAGCAGUACCUGAAACCAUUGAUGGGUGCAGAUCAAAGGGCCACCUGCUGCUUAUGUUGUCGUAGAGGUGUUGUCAGCGUCCGGAGUACCUUGGAAAGGUCAGCCUACUGUUGCGGGGAGAGCAUUCGGCUCAAAGCAGACAUUGACAACCAGAGCGAAGAGGUUCUCAGGAUCAAGCUCAAACUGGUACAGUAUGUAGAAUAUUUCAUCGACCGAGGAGUACUGGGAAUGUCUAAAGAAGUUAACCAUGUAGUGCUGGAAUACAGGGGGGACCCCAUCAGUCCCAAUACAAGGUCCAAAUUCGACAGUUCCUCUAGUCUGGUUGUCCCCGUCAUGCCACCUACACUUAUCGGUGUCUGCCGCCUUCUACAGAUAUAUUAUGUUCUUAAGGUGUGGGUGGAAAUGGAAAAGUCCGGAGAUGAUCUUCACAUGAAUUUUCCAAUCACGAUAGCUACCUGUCCUUUCAGAAUUCCCAAUUCAAACCAACAGCCAAAGAUAGAAUAUGAAAUGUGUUGCGACCAUGUGGAAGGUGGAAUGUACAUCGGCCCUGAGUUCUUAUUGGGGCAAGUAUACGACGGGACUCUGGGAUGCGUUGAAGAAGGUGAAACUGUGGUGUUGUACCGACCUGUUUACGUCUGUGUCAAGAACAAGAACAAGACAGACCAGAGUUCCUCUACUAGAACAGAAGAUUCUACGACUACUCCCAAGUCACCUAAACCCGAACCCGACAGCAGAAGCUCUCAGGCACUCAUAUAAAAUGUACUUAUAUUUUGAGAAUUAGAACUGGUGACAUGGUAGUCCAUCUUCGAGGAUUUAUUUUUCUGCAGUUUCCAGCAAGUUAAGUAACCAUUCUUUUUUCCGAACCACAGCAUCUGCAAAUCCAUCUGUUUAGUUUGGGAUUUAUAUCAGCAUCAUAGUACCACAUCCGUCUUCUGUUUGAAAGUGUCUACAAGCUGUGCUUAAUAGUAAAGUGUGAUCUGCUCAACUGAAAACUUUUCUAGCGCAUCAUUUCAUUUUUAAAUUCCUCAAGCAUUUGAGCACGUAAAUCCAAAAGUAUCCCGAGCUGUUUCAGCUCACAAUUCGUAAUAUGACUCAUUCUUCUGAAGUUUUUAAUGAGGACGAGGAUGCUUCAAGAACUGAACUGAAGAGAGAAGCAUUUAUUAACCACCUAAUAAUUCAUAAUUUUGGAAGUUUCGUGGCACUGCAAACUGUAAAUCUGUUGCAGAGCUUAUUUGGCAGCUGAUUUAAUACAUUUUCUGAAGCACUUGAUAUCGUUCCUCUUCAACUGCAUUGUGUGUUACUGCAUAAAGCAUGUAUUUUUAAUUUUGUGUUGUUUUAUUUGUAAAUAUUCUAAAAGAGUUGAUAUGCUAGAUUAUCUGUAAAAAUGCUUCAUGUUGCCUAUAUUGAUAUCUAUUUAAUGUCAUUAUUUGAAGAACCAUGUUCAUUAUCUCUAUUUAAAUCUCUAAAAAUAUCAGAAGUAGCCUCAGGAUUACAUUUUUGUUAUAAAUACUCUUAUUACAAUGAAACUAAAGUAUUAUCACAGUAAUUCUAAAUUUCAUUAUUAUUGUAAAAAUAGCUAAAAAUAUUGUUUAACUGCACUAAAACCUUAAGAUAGUUUUAGAACUGAACACUAAACGAAGCGUUUUGAUUACAUUAAUAAAACAGCAUAUUCCUGAUACUUAUUUCUAGUAAAUAUUUAAUCUUUAUAAGUCAUGUCUUAUGGAAGAAGCCUUUCACAAAACGUAUACCUUAACGACUUUCGAUCAGUUGAUGUCAUUCAGUUUUACAUCUUAGAUGUAUAGUUUCCUUAAAUUUCACUAAGCAUUUCAGAAAAAUGACGUAGGCUCAAUGUAUGCUGAAUGCAACUUUUGCUAGAUGGUGAUCUCAAAUGAUAGAUUAAAUACAUUUUGAGAGACCCGUUCAGACUAUCCCUCGAAAUGCUUUCGUCUGAAGCUGGAUUUUGCCUAUUGAACGAUGGCAUGAUUAUCUUACAUUUACGACUAAUAAGACUUGAAUUAUAUGAUAAAAUUUAAUUCUGGGCUGCUGAGACAUCAGUUGAACACAUUGCCGUCUUUCCCUUCUGAUCUUGAGAAAAUGAACUUGAUGCUUCAACCAUUGAUUUACUCAUUAUUCUGUGGUGUUCUUGUUAAAAUAUGUUUUGUGGUAUCUUGGCUGUGCAUGAAUUAACAGUUACUGCAUUAUUGCUGGAGUGCCUGACAAAAUAAUUUGUAACCUUUUGGCAGCUUAACCAAAAAUCAUUGAACCUUUGUAAAACGUGUUGAUAAUGUCUUCAUAAAUAUGAUUCGCUUUGUCGCACUCAUUCGUGGGCCUUGUUGGGCAAGUCUUGUGAUUUUUCAUUAAUAUUGGGUCUUAUGGACAAGUCUCGUAUUACAAAGUAAAUUUGUUGAAGCCUUUGAAUCUAAAAGAAAACCUUUGUGUACUGUGAAAAAUGAACUGUGGAACCAUUCAUGUGGACAUAUGUCAUUAACAAUAUACUUUCAUUCUCAGCAAACUGUGCAAUAUUCAUUGUAGUUAAAUUCGGGAUGGCCAAUGUCAAAGCUGUCUCCUAUAUGAUAUUGAUGGAACUCCAAAAGGGCGAGUUUUUCGCAGGUCAGAGAUGUAUCCCCGCCUUACAUAAUUGUGCAGCUCGCCUUUGAUUCAGCCAAAAUGGCGCCAAGCGAAAUUCUACAUAAUAUAGACAUCGAAUGUGGAUUUCUUUCCUCUCUGGACUUUUAGAAAAACUGAAUAAUGGCUCCUCAAAGUAUAUAUAUUUAAGAAAAGGAUCGUUCUCCUUAUUUGCACACAUUGAAAAUUAGAUAGCUAAAAAGGAGGAACAUUAAACAGAGGAAAUAUAAAUCUGUUGGCAAACUUACAAAUGAACUUAUUUACUAAGUGUUGGAAUUUCUUUUCUUUUUCAGAACAAUGUAAUUAAAAGCAGUUUUAUUGCCGAUGUA